AUGCUCGCGGAUGCCGCCGCCGAGGCGACAGCAGCUGUCGCUCCGCUCGCUCACUGUCGCUGUCGCGUUGGUGCCGUUCAGGCCAGCUCGGACUCCGGCAAGCUCGCCUCGCUCUUUGCAGCUGUUGGGGAGGCUGUUGGAAGCAUCACGGCGGCCUUGCAGGAGUUCCAGCAUUCCGCGGCCACUCGUGAGUUUGUAUGGGAUCUGCAGCGAUGCUUUGAAGUAGUUGAGUCGCACAUCGGAGAUGUCAAGGAGGGUCAGCAGCAGGAUCUGGUCCGGCGGGUACUGGAUGCCCAGCGCUUGCAACUGACGUCCUUGCUGCCGAAGCUUCGGCGAUCCAUCGUCCACAACGACCCGAACGAUUACAACCUCGUCGUUGGGGUUGAUGGGCGAGUUGGGGUACUGGACUUCGGAGACAUGCUCUACAGUUACACGUGCUCGGAUGCGGCGAUUGGCAUGGCAUAUCUUUUCUUUCAUGUGCCUGAACACACUCCACUGGCAGAAGGCGUGCGGCCAUUCGUGGAGGCAUAUCAUCAGAAGUGUCCCCUCGAAGAGGCCGAAGCCGAUGCACUCUUUGCGCUGGCCGUCUGUCGUGUUUGCACCUCUGUCUGCAUGUCUGCUUACCAAAGCAGACUUGAUCCCGGCAAUGAGUAUCUGCUCAUAAGCGCGAAGCCUGCCUGGAGGCAGGACGAUGGCAUGGUAGAAGGUCUACUCGUUAGGCCGCUUGCUCUUAGCAAAUAUGUUGUUAUUUCCCGAAAGCAUGGCGGAUGGUUUCAGUGGUUUGGGUUGCAUGAUGUGAUGCUGUUGAUAUCAUGA